AGGUAUUUGUGUCCCUGUUCUCGGAGUGACGGGUGAAUUGACCAGGACCUUGACGCAGAGGCAAAUUGGUUUAUAGCAACCCUUUAAAACAGAAGCAAAAUACGUCUCGCCUGGCCAUCAGUCCUUUUCUUGAUCUGCAGCCUUUUUCUAGAACUAGGAAACAAUACAAGCAACGGCGCCGCGUUCCUGGUUCAACUUCUCAUCCGGCGACAGGAUAGGUACGCAAGAAGAUCAUAUCAUGUCCAACCGCGUUGCCCUCUACUUCUUUCCACCAACAUGGGAGAAUCACCCAGUUGACGGUCGCAUCCAACUUGGCAACGCGGUUUCAGAGCCAAAGAAUGUGGAACAUCCGCUAUACCUAGCUGCUCCACCUCUGGAUCCCGAACAAAACGGUGAGAAGAUCUACUUGGACGAGAAAAAGGGAUGUGAGUUCCCCAUUGGACAGCGAGAAGGAAAAGGGGCCGAAGCCUGGGUGGGCUUUUUGGACAAGUUUUCCUUCAAGGUCAGCGGCAAUAAACUCGAGAGCAACGAGGGGCGCUUUUCUUUCCUCGAAGUCAAGACUAAAACAUUUGACCCCUCACCCGAAUAUCUAUCCAAAGUGAUAAAGCACGCUCAUGUCCAGAUGUUCCUCAAGCGCAAAAAGACCUUCUAUGUCGUCACAGGCGUCAAGGCAGUCUCGGGCGCAAGUGCCACAUCAUCCACUGCAACGGGAAGCUCCGCGGGUGUUGGGGUCACUGCUGAUGCUUUGGGCUCCGAUGGACUCCCUCUAGGCAUUGGUGCCAAGGUCGAGAGGGAGAAAGAACGGCAUGGUGGUUUCAGCUUCAGUAGCAGUAGCGACUUUGUGUUUGCUUACCGGCUGAGAAAGGUCACAGUGAGCAGAAAUAUGGAGGUCAAAGAGGAAUCGGACUACAACAAGGGGGCUAUGCUAGGUGAUCGUGAGCCGAUUACCGUGGAAGAUGGGGUGUCAUUUGCAAUUUCCCACUGGGAGGAUGUGGAGCUGAAAGAUGAAUGGAGCGUCACGACUGUUGUCGAGGGCGGUGAGGAAUUACUUUACGUAUUCCCGCCCAAGUGAUUAAGGAAAGACCAGAGAAUUGAGAGGAAGGACCCUCGGCAGAAAUGCCGCUCCUGAGUAUCGCUGAGACCGCGCCGCACCCCUCAAGGCUGGUGAAGCCAAUGGGAUGACCCUUUGUGAACUUGAUUACUUCAUGGCUGCAGUAGCUGCAUAAUGUACCCCUACAUGCAUGCGAUGUGCGUUAGAAGGUAUGUUCGCCCAUGACAAUCAAGGGGGUGUACGGAGUAGAACCAUCCAUGUUUGCCCAGACCUCGCCCCGUCAAACGAAAUGGAAAAUAAUGGCUUAUGCCUUGUGUAGCCACUCGUCAUUUCUUGUUUGUCGCCUCCUUCUUUCACUUUUGUUUCUCGUUCAUAUUAG